AUGGCUUCGUUACGACUGUUGGCUAAAGCUUUUGUGGCAGCGGCACCUCUGGCAAAUGCAUUGUACACUAAUGGCAGUGUGAUCGCGCCUUGCGACUCUCCCAUAUACUGCUAUGGUGAUUUGCUCCGCGAGAUUGAGCUUGCAAGACCAUUUACGGAUUCGAAGACGUUCGUUGACUUGCCAACAAUACGCCCAUUAGACGAAGUCCUCGCUGCUUUCGCCAAUCUUCCUCGGCCUAUCAAGAACGACACCGCACUCAAUGAUUUUCUGUCCAAGUACUUUGGAAAAGCUGGCUCUGAACUUGAGGAAGUACCCACGGAUCAGCUAGAGACUCAGCCAGACUUCCUCGACAACGUCAACAGCUCCACCGUAGCUGAUUUCACCCGCCAGGUCAUAGAUAUCUGGCCAGAUCUGACACGUCGAUAUGUUGGAGCUGGAAAUUGCACUGGCUGCGUUAACUCAUUCAUCCCUGUGAACCGCACCUUCGUGGUCGCAGGUGGGCGUUUCCGAGAGCCGUACUACUGGGAUUCGUUCUGGAUCAUUGAAGGCCUUCUCCGUACUCAAGGAUCAUUCACUCAAAUCGCUGAGAAUAUCAUUGAGAAUUUCCUGGAUCUUGUCGAAGAUAUCGGCUUUGUGCCCAAUGGCGCUCGACGAUAUUAUGAAAACCGAUCACAGCCACCACUUCUCACCCAAAUGGUUCGCGUUUAUGUAGAGUACACGCAAAACUACACGUUGCUGGAACGUGCUCUGCCUAUCCUCGAGCAAGAGUAUGACUUUUGGGUCACUAAUCGUACGGUAACGCUUGAACGCGCCGGUAGGAACUACUCGCUAAAUCACUACGCCGUAUCGAAUACUCAACCACGACCGGAAUCCUUCUAUGAGGACUAUGUGACUGCCAACAAUGAAACCUACUUCAACAAGGAAGGCGAAAAGUUCAACGUUACGACCCCACUUACCGACUCUGAGAAAGCUACGCUCUAUUCCAAUCUAGCGUCAGGUGCUGAAAGCGGGUGGGACUAUUCUGCUCGCUGGAUCGCAAACCCUUCUGAUGCUGUUACCGAUACAUAUUUCCCACUUCGCUCCCUCAACACCAAGGAGAUCAUCCCAGUAGAGUUGAACUCGAUCCUGUACCACAACGAGAUAACCAUUGCGGAGUUCCAUCGCCACCAAGGCAACUACAGCGCUGCACGAGCAUGGGCUGAACGAGCUGCACAGCGUAGCGAGGCCAUGACAACGUUCUUGUGGUCUCCUGAACACUAUAGCUACUUUGAUUACAACCUUACAUCUAGCAGCAAGAACAUCUAUACGCUCAGGGAUAACACUAGUACACCCCUUUCGCUCCAGGGCGCACCAGAGGGCCUGCAGGUAUGGUUUGAGAUCUCCCAGUUCUAUCCAUUCUGGACUGGCGCUGCACCAGACAGCAUCAAGAAUGAUCCAAAGGCCAUGCGGCGGGUAUACGCCCGGAUUGAGGAACUCUUGGAAACACAAGACGGCGCCAUUGCAGCAACAAAUCUUGUGACUGGUCAACAAUGGGACAAGCCAAACGUCUGGCCCCCACUACAAUAUAUCCUUAUGCAAGGUCUGUUGAACACGCCACUCGAGGUCGGUGAGGAAGACGACGAGCAAACGACCGAAGACUACGUCUGGACACAAGAUCUCGCCCUCCAACUCGCACAACGCUAUCUCGAUUCUCUGUACUGCACUUGGCGUGUGACUGGUGGAGCAACAGCGGACGUCGCCCAGCUGCCCAAUUCCCAAGGUAACGGGACGAUCUUCGAAAAGUAUUCGGACGCGAGCACCAAUGCUGCUGGUGGAGGCGGAGAGUACGAAGUGGUCGAAGGCUUUGGCUGGUCGAACGGAGUGCUGAUCUGGGCCGUUGAUCAAUUCGGACAGCGACUCAAGACACCCGAGUGUGGAAACAUCACAGCCGCUAAUAUAGGACACGGUGACAAGAAGAAGAGAAGUGCAGUCGAGCUGAGUAAGAGGGAUGCUGAGUGGGUCAAGCAGAUGGGGUCGAGACGAUGGAGGUACUAA